AUGGCAAGCUUCCCUAGCGUGAUAGGUAUUAUAGAUAGAUCUCUGAUUCCCAUUGAUGCACCCAUAACAAAUGAAGAAGCCUUCGUUGAUCGGAAAGGGCUUCAUUCCAUCAACUGUAUGUUCGUUUGUGGUUCAAACCUUGACUUUUUUUAUGUAAGCGCUAAAUGGCCUGGAAGUGUACAUGAUGCAAGAGUGCUACGUAGAAGUACCUUGUUCCAGCGCAUGGAAGAAGGGAAUAUUUUCCCCAAUGGAGUCAUAUUGGAAGACUCGGCUUAUCCCUUGAAAACAUGGUUAAUGAAACCAUUGAAUAGUGAUCCAACAAGCGAAGGUGAGCGCAGGUAUAACAAUAGAUUAAAGUCCACAAGGCAAACUAUUGAGCGGGCACUUGGAGUUCUUAAAGAGAAAUUUCUUUGUUUGAAUCACUUGAGAGUAAACCCACACUUUGCUGGACAAAUUGUAAAAUGCUGUGCAACACUAUGUAAUAUUUCCCGGGAAAAUGACGAAGACGACCCACAAUUCGAGAAUCAACCCUUCCAAGAAGUAGAUGAGAAUAAUGAUUUCAACGAUGAUACCACAGAAGCUGAUGCUCGUAGACGACAAAUGCAAAUCAUCCACUCGAUGUAUUAA